AUCUCUGCGGUUGAUUGCUGCCUCCAAAUUCGACCCAACUGCCGCUAGAGAGGAACUGGUCAGAGCCCAGCGCUCGCACCCCAGUGUUCAUCUGUCUCGGUGAGAGAGGAGAGGUGACACAAGGCGUGGGUCCCAUGGAUUCGGAGCAGCCGCUUAGUGGAAGAAAAGGUGACCUGCCUCACCUCAAACACAGGACAGCUGUUUGGUGGAAAGUCCUGCUGAUCAUGGGUGUUGUACUCACAACCGUUGUUGUGAUAGUUGUGGUUCCCAUCGUACUUUUGCCUGGGAAAUCUCCACCCGAAUCCAAGCUGCCUCAUGUCUAUGCCCCAGCCCAGCUAAAUGCAAAAUGCCCAGCUGCCUGCUGCCCGGAUGGCUGGGUCGGGUUUAGAGGGAAAUGCUAUUAUUUCUCUGAUGCCGAGGGGACCUGGGACUCCAGCCAGAGCCUCUGCUCUUCACUCAAUGCCUCCCUGGCUGAGAUCGACACCCAGAAAGACCUGGACUUCAUUAUGCGAUAUAAAGGCGUCUCUGAGUUCUGGAUUGGCCUGAAGCGAGAAACGGCGCAGCCUUGGCGAUGGGUGAAUGGCGAACAGUUCAACAACCUGUUUACGGUAAGAGGAGAAGGCGACUGCGCGUACCUGAGUGACAGCUUUGCCACUUCGUCGUGGUGCUCCACGAAGCGCUACUGGAUCUGCAGCAAACCCGACGGGAUGCGAAGGGAGGACGCGAUGCCGGGGGACUGAAGGGCGAAGGCUGGGAAAACGCCUCAAGGCCAGCUGCCUGACGCUCCAAACAUUGCUCAUUAAGAUUAUUAUUUUUUUUAAAUAAGCCUCCCUUCUAAUUUUCUCUGUGUUGUGGCUCCUGUAUAGCCCUCUCCUACCUGGUUGUGUAACUAAGACUUGAUCUACACGUAAAGCUUAAAACUCCUGAAUGCUGUAGUUGGCCUGAUGUAACCCCCAGUGUAGACGCAGAUAAGUUGACCUAGCUACCGUCACUGGGAAGGCGGUGUUCCUACAGUGAUGGGAAACCCCACUGUAGGAUGUGUCUGCUCUGGGGUUAUGCCAGUGUAGUCUGCUGCCAUGUCCCCAUACUGUAGACAUGGAUUAAAACCCCUUCCCAGCUCCCCCUGCUGUCUGUCAGGGUGCGUCUACACUGCAAUGGGGGUACGUGAUUAAAGCAAUGAAGGUGCAGCGGCAAAGGUCUUUACCCAGGGUUCCAGCCUGUGUUGCUGCGGCCUCAUUGCUCCAGUAUGAGCUACAUUAAAAUUAGCAUGUGUAUGUCGUAUAUCUGCAUGAAUGGCCACCAAACCCUGUGAUUGCAAUGUGGACAUACCCUCAGCUCUGCUGUGCCGGCCAAGCAGGAAGGCAGCACUGCUUGAAAACGGACGGAGACAAUCGUAAACAGCAACAGGCGAAGACAAUCCACAGCAAGCAGGGAUGUGAGGCAGCCGCACACAACAUCCUCCCGAGGGAAGGAAGCUGCGGCAAGAGACAAGCAGCCAGGCUGUGGGUUUUCUUCGACUGUUGCAGAACCAGGCUCUGGUCGCUCAUGCUGUCUCCCAACCCUGAGCAACACAGUUGUGAGUUAAGGCUAAGUGGGACCAGGAUCGGAACUCACCAAUGGGCCCUUGUUGACGCUCAUUCAGUGCUGCCUCCUUCAGAGGGUCGACUGUGUUGCGUUGUCCCCCAGAUCAAUAUGUAGUUGCUACAUCUUUGCUGGAGAGUCUGCUUUGUGGAACCAAGAAGAUAAUUAAGGAGGGCCAGAAAUGAGAGGCAGGUUAAAAUGGAAAUUGAAAUGUCUGUAUGCUUGAGAGUGUUAGGGCCUUGCUGUGCUUAUUGAGACUGGAAAGGGAAGGCCAAGCAUGCCAGAAGUUGAUAACUAGCUAGGUGAGCUAGCAGAAAAGUUAGAGGCACCUGUGAAGAGGCUGUGGAGAUGCCUAGGAGCGGUGUUUGCCCUUGUGAGAAGGCAUCCGGUUGUGUGCUCUGUAGUAGCAAUGCGUCACCAUUGCAUUCCACUGACAGGAAUUUGCCUACAAACUCAUAGGCAGAGCAGAUGCCUUUUACUUUAAUUGAGGCCUCUUUACGAGUUUGUGGCAGAGAAGCUGAGGUGUAAUAGAACCCUUUUGAUUGCGCUCGACUCUCACUGUGUCAAGUUUUUAGUCAGUGAGCAAAACAAACCACAAAAUCCGCAGCAGGUGUUUCCUGACUUUGUGAAAGAAACUUUGAACUUUCUAGUGUAGACUUGGCCAAAGCGCUGUCGUGGGAGCACUCCCGCAGCAGUGCUUUGAUGUG